AUGACUAGCGGGGUCAUCGCUACGAGGACGGCCGCCACACGCAGCCAGAUGUUCACAAAGCCGACAUGUAGUGUCGUCUGCGUCGAGUCAUGGCAGACCCGAGGACCGCAGCAACGGAGUGUCGCUCCAACCCAGGAGGACCAGGUCUUCACGUCGAAACGACGCAAGCAGCUUCACACCCAUCAACAGGAGAACGGCAUCUCCCCAAGCACCCCGUUACCGGCUCCGCUCCAACACCGCCUCGUCAUCCGCUUCCCGUUCGCUUGGCCGCAGCCGCUCUCCCACCCGUCCGCCCCCUCUCAACCCGCGGGCCGUUUCCGGCGCCGCCGUCGCCCACAAGUCAACCCCCCGCGAUUUAUCCCGGCCGUACCUGGUGAAGCAUCCCCGCACUAUUGGUCAUCAUCGGGAGGAGUUCUAAUCGCCUCCGCCAUGGGGACAGUCCCCCUCGGCUUGCGAGCGCUCGCAGACCCCGACAUGUAUCCGCUUCCCCCCAUCGAAACCCAGCCAGAGUUCAUCCAGGCGAGGUACUGGUUAGUGUUCUACGUGAUGGGCUACAGGUUGUACCGCUCGCCGAUCACGGGGCAGCCGACCGGAACGGAUCCGGAGUUCCGGGUGCUGGACAUCAAUCCGGGUUUGAUGUGGUGGGGUGCGGAGAUGCGCGGCGCUCGCCCUUCCGUGAACGUGUUUGUGGUAGAUACGAAUCCACUGCCGGACAUGGAAGGCGUGCGGUCUGUGGAGGCUCCCGCCGAUGGGGCGUGGGUGUGGGCGGAAGACAAGCAGUAUGAUUUUGUGCAUGGGAUGGACCUGGAGGGGUCGGUUAGGAACUGGAGGAUGUUGCAAAAGCUGGUGCUGGAUGGUUUGAAGCCCGGGGGUUGGUGGGAGUGUUCUGAGUUUGAGUGUAAGGUGAGGUCGGAGGCUGACGUCUUGUUGACGAAAGCGCCAUUUCUGGCCACGUGGAAUGGUUUGAUUGAGGCCGGGUUGGAGAGGAUAGACAGCUGGGCGAAUUUAGGCAGGUUACCUAAGCAGAUUAUGGAGCUUGCGGGAUUUGAGGAUGUGACGUUGGAACGCAUCCCGAUUCCCAGCGGGGCGUGGAGUCCCGAGCCAAAAAUGCGAGGUCCUAGCAUGCUAUUGACACCAAUGUUUGUGAAAAAACUCGAGCCGGCGAUGGAGAUAUACUCCAGAAUACUAGCAUUGUCGGAGGAGGCAUCGCAGCAUAUUUUGAACGGAAUACGGAAAGAAUUGGAAGAUCCGGAGAAUGAGCUCUCUCUAAAUCUGCGGAUUGUGUACGGACGGAGACCGUUACAUAUACCGGGGGGAUCUGAAAUCUCAUGAUCAUUAUCUGGACUGCGAUGACUCCAACGAAAGGCAACUCGAAACCAAUUUUGAGGCUUGACUGGACGGCAAUAGCUGCAAUGAAGGACGACAUGAGCCACAAACUUGAGAUUUGACUGGACUGCGAUGACUUUAGGGAAGAAUGACCGAAUAGAGCCAUGAAACAUAUUGGACCUCGACAAGAAAGCAGGGAUAAUGCUACCGACCACAUGAACGUGUGGUGUGGAGGUUGACUUACCCAUUAAUGAGCCUACUUUUCAUUUGGUGAUCGGAACAUUGACAGUGAUUUCAAUCCAUGACCGAUGGUUCAUGAUACUAUCUUACUGACACGAGGUUUGUGUCCAUGGAGAGAGUUGGAU